GCACGUGGCCAAUAGGCCGGGAGGCGAGGCGGGUCGCGCCGCCGGGAGGCAGGGCUGCGGAGCGGCGGGGCGGUGGUGCAGUCGGAACCAUGGCGUACCCCGGGCACCAUGGCGCGGGCGGCGGGUACUACCCAGGCGGAUAUGGAGGGGCACCUGGAGGGCCGGCAUUUCCCGGACAAACCCAGGAUCCGCUGUAUGGUUACUUUGCUGCUGUAGCCGGACAGGAUGGGCAAAUAGAUGCUGAUGAACUGCAGAGAUGUCUGACAGAGUCUGGCAUUGCAGGAGGAUACAAACCUUUUAACCUGGAGACUUGUCGGCUUAUGGUUUCAAUGCUGGAUAGAGAUAUGUCUGGCACAAUGGGCUUCAAUGAAUUUAAAGAACUCUGGUCUGUACUAAAUGGCUGGAGACAACACUUCCUCAGUUUUGACAGUGAUAGGAGUGGAACAGUGGAGCCUCAAGAAUUGCAGAAGGCCCUGACAACAAUGGGAUUUAGGUUGAGUCCCCAGGCUGUGAAUUCAAUUGCAAAACGAUACAGCACCAAUGGAAAGAUCACCUUUGAUGACUACAUUGCCUGCUGCGUGAAAUUGCGUGCUCUCACAGACAGCUUUCGAAGACGGGAUACUGCUCAGCAAGGUUUUGUGAAUUUCCCAUAUGAUGAUUUCAUUCAGUGUGUCAUGAGUGUUUAAAUCAAGAAGGAAGCUGCGAAUAUCAUCGACAUUCCAACUGGAGUUCUCCUUCGCCUUUACUCUUUGCCUGCAGUAAUGUGUGUAAACUUGCAUUGCCACUUUCCCUUAAUAGCUGAUUUAAAGAUUAAUUACUUUAUGUACAACUGAAGUUUUGUUUUUAGUUUUGAUAAUAAAUUCUUUGGAACUU